AUGGGAAAGAUUGUCCUUGCAACUGCUACAUCGGGUAUAGCCGCAGCCAACAUACCAUCUGGUAGAACAUCCCAUUCCAGGUUCAAAAUACCAAUUGAAAUUGAAGCUUCCCUCGCUUGCGAUGUCCCGAAGCAAGGUAGCUUGGCUGCAUUGAUACAGGAAACGACUCUUAUCAUAUGGGACGAGGCUUCAAUGGCAAGAAAAGAAAAUGUUGAAUCCUUAGAUUUUCUUCUCCGAGACUUGUGUGAUGAAAACUUCCUAUUUGGUGGUAAGCUUGUUGUCUUUGGUGGUGAUUUUCGACAGGUUCUUCCCAUCCUGCCGCACAGAUCACAGCGAGAAGCAGUUGCACUGCAAACUGUGGAAAAUAACCUUGUCUGCUUGCCAAGUGAGGUUGUAAAGCCUCUCGAGGAAGGGAGGGAUCCCAUCCCAGACCUGACUGCUCUUACAUUUCCCGAGCUUGACCUUCACAAUUUUAGCUCUGGCAUAUUUACAACAAGGGCAAUUUUGACUCCUAUGAAUGCUGAUGUUGACUCUACAAACACGGACCUUAUUCAAAAGUUCCCAGGGAAGUCUGUUAUCUAUAAAAGAUUUGACACAAUGCUUGAUGACAACUGUGAUGUCUAUCCUACUGAGUUUAUUAACACCCUCUGCCCUGGUGAAAUGAGCCCUCAUGAACUUGUCUUAAAGAAAGGAAGCCCAAUCAUUUUGCUCCGGAAUAUUCUCCCAUCUUUCGGCCUGUGCAAUGGUACAAGGCUAAUAUGCAAAGGGUUCUUCCCCAACCUGAUCCAAUGUGUGAUAAUUACUGGUCACCACAGAGGCAAGCAUGUAUUUAUUCCACGUGUUAAACUAAGGCCUGCUGCUUCUUCAAAGUACCCAAUUCUCUUUUAG